AUGCGGAAAUGUCACUUUAGAGAUUGGGCACUGUCAUUUAAGCCACUUCAAAGAGCCUUUGUUGCAAGAACAGAAAACAAACAAUUAUCGUAUACAACAGUCAGGGAAAUAACGCAGAUGCGAGGUUGCUGCAUUGAGGAAAUACAGAAUAACAUCAAGGCCAUACAAGCGAUGGCUCACGUUCAAGACAAAUAUGUUUGUACACUGGACGAAGACACACUGAAGAAGUGCAAAGAUGAGUUGAAAGAGGAUCCCCGGGAAAGAUCAGCAUGCAUACAGACAUUGAGAGACUGGUGUAUUGCCCAACCUCAUCUCAAUUCAAGAUUAGAUGAUGGAUUCCUUUUGCGUUUCUUGCGCGUAGGUAAGUUUAGUCAGCUGCGCGCGCAAGAGUUAAUUGACAACUAUUGGAGUGCAAGGUCAGCUGACCCACAAUGGUUCACAAUGGACCCACAAGAAUCAAAAAUGCAAGAACUACUUGAUUUAGGAAUCUUCAUCUCACUUAAAGGAAGGGAUUCAGACGGAAGACGCAUAUAUAUGACAAAUUAUUGUCAGUAUGACCCGGAUGCACAUUCUAUCGAUGACGUCAUGAGGUUCAGUAUUAUGAUUAUGGAGUACAUGACGUCAGAUGAGUACAUGCAGAUACACGGUUGUGUUGUUAUAGAAGAUGCUGCUGGACUUGGAAUGAAACAUGUUAAGAUCUGGACAAAAGAUAUAAUUAACAAAAUGAUGAAAGUUUUUCAGGAUGGAUAUCCAAUGCGACUUAAAGAAAUACACUACGUCAAUCUUGGACCUGUAUUUAACAGUAUCUACGAAAUAUUCAAAUACUUCAUGAAAGAAAAGUUGAGAAAUAGAAUAAAACUUCAUUGGAACAACGACUCUUUGCAAAAAAUGGUGUCCAAGAAAGUACUUCCGACUGAGUAUGGUGGUGAAGCUGGGCCAAUUAAGGAGCAUAUUAAGGCUUUCAAAGAAGAGAUUGUAGCUGCAAGAGAAGAAAUCAUGUACAACCAACAAGCGCGUUUCAAUGUUGACGAGAGUAAGCGAAUAAAAGUUGAAAAAGAAGACAGCGGCUGGGGACUGAUUGGAGCAUACAGGAAACUGAAUAUUGAGUGAAACACUUUGAAAAUCAGAUUAGAUAUCUAUUAUAGAACUGUUUAUAUGGCAAUGUAAUGUUAAGAAAGGCUUCACAAUUCAAAUUGAAAACUUGAUAAUCACUAUUAAAACGCUUACAAUGACGAAUCUUUUUUACUUUUCAACAUGGAUACAACCUUUCCAACUAUUUAUUCAUUAAACACCACCCAGAGGUUGGGGUAUGUACGAGAUGUAGGGUGUGUAGGGUGUAAGAGGUACAUUACAACUAUAAACUUACAAUUUUGGGCGCUUUGAAAUGCAGGUUAUCAAAAUUGUACAUGUAAUAUGACGCAGAAAUAAUUUUGAGGCGAAGUACGCAUUUGUGGCAAUAUUGCUCACGCCUUGUACUU